GGGCUCGGCUCAAGGGGCGGGCCGAGGCGUGGCGAGACGGCGCCAUCUCAGCGCGCCGGGGCGGGCCGGCGACGGGUAUGGGGGCUCCUGCUUGGCGCUGGGCACUGCGCGCUGCCAGCUUCCCCUUCAGCGGCGGGAGGUCUUCAGCAACGCCGCGGCGUGACCCAGGCUGCGGACCCGCCGUUUGCACCGCUCAGUUUGCCGACUCCGCGUCCUCAGGCUCCAGGGAUGAGGCUCUAAGGGACAAACGUGCCCGGAUCCUGUCACGCGGGCUGCCGAAACAGAAGCCCAUAGAAGGAGUUAAGCAGGUGGUGGUGUUGGCUUCUGGAAAAGGGGGAGUUGGAAAAUCAACAACAGCAGUAAAUAUAGCCCUCGCCCUAGCAGCAAAUGAUCCGACAAAAGAAGUUGGUUUGCUUGAUGCAGACAUAUAUGGACCUUCAAUUCCAAAGAUGAUGAACUUAAAAGGAAAGCCAGAAUUAACACCAAAAAAUCUGAUGAGGCCCCUUAAGAACUAUGGAAUCGCAUGCAUGUCUAUGGGCUUCUUGAUAGACGAGACUGCCCCUGUUGUGUGGAGGGGACUCAUGGUAAUGUCAGCUGUUGAAAAAUUGUUGAGACAGGUCGACUGGGAUCAACUGGACUAUUUAGUAAUUGACAUGCCACCUGGGACUGGAGAUGUACAGCUGUCAGUCUCACAGAAUAUUCCAGUUGCAGGAGCUGUGAUCAUCUCCACUCCACAAGACGUGGCUCUAUUGGAUGCACGCAAAGGAGCUGAAAUGUUUAGAAAAGUUCAUGUGCCUGUUUUAGGACUGAUUCAAAAUAUGAGUGUUUUCCAGUGUCCCAAGUGUAAGCAUGAGACGCACAUUUUUGGAGCUGAUGGUGUAAGAGAUCUAGCAAAAACCCUUGGAUUGGAUAUUUUAGGAGACAUUCCACUGCAUGUUAAUAUACGGGAGACAUGUGAUUCAGGACAGCCUGUGGUGAUCUCGCAGCCCCAGAGUGAUGCUGCUAAAGCCUAUCUAAAGAUAGCUAUGGAAAUAGUAAGACGACUACCAGUACCUCCUGCUUGAAGUGUUUAUCACUGAAACUUAGCAAAAAAGCAAAACUUUUGGUGUGACCAGUCUAGAAGAGUCCUGCUACCUAAUAAUGUGGAUGCCAUAUUUUAGUUCUAAGAACUUUUUUGGGAAUUAAUUUACCAGAGGUUAAGUUACUGUUGUGGUAUUUACUGUUUUUCAAAUCAUUGUUUGGGCAUGUCCAAAAGGAUUAAAAUAUGCAAAAGAUGAUAGACAGUAUUCAACUGCUGGAUUGUAACAUCAUCAAGCAAGACGGGAUGGAGUACAUUUUUCACAUGUGUCCUGUUUUAAAGUCAAGAAUGAAAAACAGCUACUCCAGCCAAGCAGAAUGAUGAGAGGAAUGCCAAGACAUAAUUCCUGCUUAAAAAAUGGCAUUUGCAAUACUUCAAUUUUUGUCAAGUUGGGUUCAGCUUUUUACUGGGUUAACUACCAAGGUGCCCUUAAGCUCUGCAAAAUUUGAAGAAGCAAAUAGUUACGUAACUGCAAUACUUCUGUGUGUUCAUCUUUGAAGAGAAUUAAAAAAAAUCCAUGUAUACUCUGAAGAGGUCUUGUUGUGGAUCUUGAGCAGAUUCAUCCGUUAGCGGAUAAUGUUCGAUCAUGAGGCAAUUCAAGUUUAGUGGAGAACGGAUUACAUGACCCUGAGGCUUAUUUCUUGGCUGCUUUGCAUUAUAAUGGACCCAGCCAGAAGACUGGUAACCAAGGUCUUCACUGAAAGCCGUGUGUUGUGCCUGAGCUCAGUUUGCUAGGGGAUGCAAAUGAUCACGAUAAAUUAAAUUUAUGAUUGCAUAUUCCUGUCAUAGUGCAGCAACUUGGAAUUUGAAUAUAAAGAUAUUUUUGAAGAAAAAUGUGGUCUUCAAA